CCCACAAAAUUAACCGACGAGUGGGUUGCAGAGGUAGCACCUGCAUGAUUACCGCAUAGUCAAGAUUCCUCAAUCGUCGCAAUUAGGUAAAGAGGUGUACGACAAGUGGUUGGGAAGGCCAGCCCACUCAUUAGAAAAUGUCAUCAACUGAGAAUCACGCAAAACAGCUGGAGGACGCUGCCUUCAUGCAUGUGCCUCUCGGGAAGGGGUUACCGUCUUGUGACGACUGUUCUGUUUAUAUGACAGAGAACAUCGCCGUGGUCCAUCUGUGCUUGUCUGCUGACAUUGCUGCCUGAGCGAGUAGAAGAGCGGGUGCAGACUUUCGCCAUGAGGUGGUUCUUAUCUCUUCUCCUUGGUCUCGAGCUGUUCACGGGAACAAGAUCCGAGGGCAGGGCGAAGGAUCUGUUCCUGUACGGGAUGUUCGACCAGGGAAACUCCCCGGUCACCGCCCGGAAGGACCCGGCCUACCAGGGACUGCUCCCUGCUUGUGAAAUGGCGAUAGAGCAAAUAAACAACCGUUCGGACAUCUUGCCCGGCUACAAUCUCAAGAUCCCAGAUGACAUGAUCAUGGGUGGUCGUGCCGUUGCCGUGUACCACCUCAUCAUGAAGCUGUUCCAUGAGCCCACGAUGAUCAUGAUUCUGGGCCCGGGUGGCGCGGUGGUGGACCUCAUCGCGGAGACUGCGCCUAUCUUCAACCUUAUCCAGCUCACGUUCUCGACGUACUCGCCGGCUCUGUCGGACAGGCAGACUUACCCUUUCCUGUUCAAAACUAUCCAGACUGACAAUGUGCACAACCCGGCCAGAAUCGCGCUGCUGCAGCAUUUCGGCUGGGACAAGGUUGCCACCAUUCAGGACACCGAUGAUCGAUUUACAACGAUAGCGUCCAAUUUGAAUGAGUUGCUGGGAGAGGCGAACAUCACCGUCCAAUCUUCGGGAGGUUUCGGCAAAGAUGUGACAUCACAACUCAGCCAGCUGGAGAACCUCAAGGCUGUAGACGCUAGGAUCGUGAUUGCCCUGAUGGCCCCACACCAGUGCCGGAAGCUACUCUGCUGGGCUUAUAAUAACGGGAUGUAUGGUUCUCGGUACCUGUGGAUAUUCAAUGGUGCCCUAAGGGAGAACUGGUGGAAGCCACGGAAGUCUGACACCCUGGACUGUACAGCAGAGGAGAUAGACCAGGUCAUGGAGUACAGCAUAUCCACAGAGCCGUCAUUCUUCGCAGAUGAGGGCGAACAGGGCAUAGCCGGAUAUUCGUCUCCAAACGACUACUGGGAAGCACACGUGGACUACGCCAGGUUGAAGUACGGCGCGCCGGAAGCCAAAUCCACAGUCUAUGUACCCCUGGCGUUUGAUGCUGUUUACGCCGCGGCGCUGGCUCUGAACGCGUCAGCCGCUGAGCUUCCGGCCGGGAGGGGGCUGGAGGACUGGUCCUACGAAGACAGCAGCAUGAGGAGCGUGUUCUUUCGCAACAUGGAGAAGACGAACUUCUUGGGAGUGUCGGGUCCGGUCCGCUUUGACAAAACUGGUGACCGCUUGGGCCGUAUCAUCAUUAAGCAGAUCCAAGACGGCAAAGCUGUAGAGGUUGGAAAGUUUCACGCUUACGAGAAGAAGAUAAUAUGGAGCGACACAACCCCUCCCAAGUGGAAAGGUGGCCAGCCCCCUGUAGACGAGGUACGGAAGAUUACCCGUGAGAUCCGCGUGUCAGACGGCCUGUUGUACACCAUGGUCAGCCUGGCAGGCCUGGGGAUGAUCUUCUGCCUGCUGUUCUUGGCCUUCAACUUCAAAUUUAGGGAAAAAAGAGUGAUCAAGAUGUCCUCCCCGCGCCUGAACAAUGCGCUCAUCCUGGGGUGCAUAUUUGCAUACCUCGCCAUCAUCCUGUUCGGACUCACAGAGAAUGUGGCAGAGUCCAAUCAAGCGUUCUACAUGUGUAAGGCUCGGGUGUGGAUCAUGGUGGUGGGGUUUACUCUGGCGUUUGGCAGCAUGUUCAGCAAAACAUGGCGUGUCUACGCUCUCUUCCGACACACCAAGGUGGAGAAAAAGGUGAUCAAAGACUUCCACCUGUUCGCGAUGGUCGGGAGUUUCCUGCUGAUGGACGUGGUUUUCCUGAUGCUGUGGGAGGUUCUGGACCCCAUCACCAUGCAGCGAGAGAAAUUUCCAGAAGAGGAGGAUCCCAACCGCAACGACGUCCUAUACCUCCCGGAGCUAAGGCGAUGUACCUCCGACUACCUGAUGUACUGGCUCGGAAUCAUCUACGCAUCAAAAGGAAUCCUGAUCUUGUUCGGCAUCUUCCUGGCCUGGGAGACGCGGAAGGUCCAGAUCCCCGAGCUGAACGACUCCAAGCAGAUCGGCCUGUGCGUGUACAACGUGAUGAUCAUGUCAGCUGUCGGGGUUCCCAUCAUCAACCUGCUGGACUCCCAGCAGCUGGACAUCAGCUUCGCCGUGCUGUCAGUCUGCAUCAUUGUCUGUACCUCUACCACUCUGGCGCUGGUCUUCGUCCCAAAGAUUUGGCAAGGUCUGAGACAUGGCUUCGAGAUUCAGAGAUCGGGCAAGUUUCUGACGAGAAAGGGGAGUUCCGGGACUGUCACCAACGGCUGUGAUGAUCACAUCAGCUGCAAGAAGGAGAUCAUCUUGCUCAAAAACCAGAUCAACGUUCUCAACAAAGAAAUCAUGGAGAUCAGGAAAAGAAAAGGAAGCAAGGGGGACAGAAACGGCCCGUCGCUGAGUCAGGCUAUCGUGAUCUCCGCAGACAGACUGUCCGUGAACGGUUCAACCUCAACCUCAAACACCAAGUCUACAGCAGGGAGUACCAAAUCACUCCCAUUGAAGGACAUGAACAAUGACAUAGAAAUGCAGGUCAUCAAAGAAACGUCGGCCUAAUCUGGCUGAUUAUACGCAUUUUGGAGUCGAGUCCCGAUGCGACGCUAUGUGGGCGUUCAAAGUCACUCCGUGGCCGCGAGCGUAAACAGAACGCUCCUGAUGAUGACGCCAAUCCGACUCCAAAAUCAAUUACGCUUGGAAAAAAAAUCGAUUUGAAUAUUUGUAACAAUUAUCAUAAAUGCAUUUUCAAUUUGCACAAGAUGCUAUGUAUUUAAUGUUAUUUUUAACGAGUGACGAGUUACUAAAA